AUGAUAUUGGAAACUGAUAAGAAUGCAUUGAAAGAAGAAAUAUGGGGUAACGGGAACACAAUGCUUCACAUGGUGGUUGAAAAGGGUCAAAACCAUAUACUCGAAAAGUUGUUACUGUUUAUAAAAAAAAAGGAAGAAGAAAAAGAAAUACUUGAACAGAAAAAUGCGGAUGGAAGCACGGCCCUUCACGUUGCCGUAAGUGUUGGUAACAAACAUGCAAUGAAGCUGUUGGUUGAUCAGCACAAGGACCUAUUGACAAUUGGAGACAAAAAAGGCCAAGAUCCAUUGAUUAAAGCUUUUAACAAUAUGCAAUUUCAGACCUUUGCAUAUUUGUUCAAAGUCGCCCUUGAUAAUGACAAAGUCAAUUUAAAGCAGCUGAUCAUUUCUCAAGGCUCCAAAAAGGGAGCGAGCCUUCUUGUCAAUGCCAUUACUGCAAAAUACUACAUUCCGGUGUUUACAUUUUUUUGGGUGCGUGGAUUGAUAAGAUCUCUAAUGUGGAUGGUUUUUCUCCCACUUCGUCUGCUUUAUUUGCUUUUGUGGAAGGCCGUAGCAACGCUAGUUCCACCCAUUAAGCAUAUCGAGAAGAAAAUUAAGGUAUCGAAAGACGCUGCAAUGGUUCUAGGAUUGGUAUGUGCCUAUAUAGACAAGUUGAAGUUCCAUGGUACUCAUCAUCCGUAUUACGACAAAGCAAUUCUUGAGGCAGCAAUAAAAAAUGCUAAUAAAGUUUUUAUAAAUAUUUUUAGACGUUCGCGUGAAUUAAUUAAGAGUAGACAUGAAAAUGGGUAUGACAUUUUUCAAUUAGCAGUAAUAUAUCGUUCAGACAAAAUCUACAAUCACCUUUAUCUAAUUGGUGAGGAUAAGAAGCGCUAUAAAACCAUCAAAGAUUCUUCAGAAAACAAUAUGUUACACUUGGCUGGAAGAUUGGCACCUUCACAAGUACUCAAACGUAGAACAGGUGCAGCAUUGCAACUACAAAGGGAGCUUCAAUGGUUUGAGGAGCUGAAGAACUUCAUGCAUCCAUCAGCCAUCACUGAAGAAAACUGUUUUGGAGAGACACCUCAUCAGGUGUUUACWAGGGAACAUGAGAACUUGGUGAAGGAGGGAGAAAAAUGGAUGAAAACCACAGCAGAAUCAUGCAGUAUCAGUGCUGCACUAAUUACCACCAUCGUAUUCGCAGCAGCAAUUACUGUACCGGGUGGAAGCGAUCAACAAACAGGCAUCCCCAUGUUUAGAAAAGACAUC